AUGAUCCAGGACGAGAAAAAGCAGGAUAUGGGCUUCGCUGCCAAUGAAGUCUCCGUUGAGAAUGGAACAGCAGAGAACCAAGACCUCAAUCAUGGUCUCCAGCGGAAGCUCAAGCCGCGUCAUCUACAAAUGAUUGCAAUAGGAGGUGUCAUUGGCACUGGUCUCUUCUUGGGAACAGGCAGUGAUUUGCAACAUGGUGGUCCUGCAGGUCUACUUCUUGGCUACUGCAUCAUGGCUUCACUUUUGUUCUCGGUAAUGGUCGCUCUUGGUGAAAUGGUGUCCCAAUUUCCCAUGCCGGGAGGCCAGUUUGCUCUCGCUAGUCGUUUCAACUCUCCAGAGCUGGGAUUUGCCAUGGGUAUUUUGUUUUGGUAUAACUACAUCAUUGUUUUGCCGGCUGAGAUUUCUGCUGCCGCUGUGCUUAUCACCUACUGGACCCCGGCAGGACAGACAGAUUCCACUUGCACCACCUGUAUCUGCAACAAUGCUAUGUGGGUAGGACUUAUGCUGAUUGUUGUCGUAUGUGGUCCUGGUUCAUCUGAAGCGCUUCGUGGUGUUGACUUCCAGCAGUUCCUUGUCAAUUAUGCUGGAACCCGUGUGUUCGGCGAGAUGGAGUUUUGGUUCUGUUCGAUAAAAGUCUUGACAAUUAUCGGUCUCAUUAUCUCUGGUAUUAUUAUCAGUGCUGGUGGUGGCCCGAAUCACAAAGCUAUUGGGUUCAAGUUCUGGAAUGAAACUGGUGGCUUCCAACAAUAUAAAGAUAUUGGUGGUGCCAAGGGGCGAUUCCUCGGCUUUUUCAGCGUACUAAUUAAUGCGGCAUUUGCGUUCAUUGGAUCUGAAAUCACAGCAAUCGCUGCAGCUGAAACCUCUAAUCCCCAAAAGAACGUUCCCCGGGCUAUCAAGAGCGUCUGGAUAAGACUUGUUCUUUUUUAUGUUUGCAGUGCUUUUUUGAUUGGACUGCUCGUCUCCCCAUCAGACCCGUCCCUUGACCUCUCUUCGACGGCGGCCAAAAGCCCCUUUGUCAUCGCAAUCGCUAAUGCCGGCAUCUCCGUUCUGCCAUCUAUAAUCAACGCUGCUCUCCUUAUCAGUGCAUGGUCUGCUGGAAUUGCUGAUCUCUUUGUGUCUACACGUACACUGUACGGACUCGCUGUGAAAGGACAUGUCCCCAGGAUCUUUUUGAAGACCCGUAAAGAUGGCUUCCCUUGGGUUUGCUUCCUAUUCUGUGCAGUCUUCGCUUUGCUCUCCUUCAUGGCCGCUGCCUCGGGAGAAGCGGGCACAGUCUUCGGAUACUUUUCGAAUAUGACCGCCAUGUGUGGCAUGAUUUCGUGGACCGGUAUUCUGUGGACCAGCAUUCGCUGGCACAAAGGUCUGAAGGUGCAGGGUAUUGACCGCAAGACUUUGCCAUAUAGGGCCCCUUUGCAACCGUAUCUGUCUUAUUAUGGAAUCUCAAUUACCACCAUGGUUAUGAUUUUUGGUGGCUUCAGUGCUUUCAUCCAUUCCUUUGAUGUCUCUUCGUUCAUCACCACAUACUUCCCUCUCCCCUUCUUCGCCGUGCUUUACUUUGGCUACAAGUUCUGGAAUAAAUCGAAGAUGAUUGGCUAUACUGAGAUGGAUUUUGUGACUGGUUCUUCGGUUGCCAUACCCGACGACGAACCGCCCAAGAGCACCUGGAAAAAGAUCUCUGAGAAUAUCUGA